GGCAGCGCGGCUGCAGAAGCUGCCGGUGCACCUGUGGGUUUUGCUCCCUUUCAUCUUAUUUUCCCCAAAAUUUGAACCCAGGUCCGGCCCUUCCACGGCUUCGGCGAUGCUGCCGGGGAAAGCGGAGAAGAGGAUCGCUUCGUCAGUCUUCAUCACCCUGGUGCCGCCACGGAGGGAGGUGGCUGCCAAGGAGAAAACCCAAAAGGAGCCGCAGCCGGAUGGUGCCAAGGUCCUGGGUACUCAUCACCCCCAGACCCCACCGCUGCGGCCCCCCACAUUGCCGAACGGAGAAACCCGCCCGGCGGCCCCCGUGCCUUCGUCCCCACCGGUCCUCUUCCUCUCUGAAGCGCCCCAGCCCUUGUCCGCAGAGGCGCUGGGUCCGGCACUGCAGCAACUAGACCUGGCAGCGCCCGCCACCCUCCAGGCCCCUUCCGCCUUCCCUGCCGAAUUGAGGCCCCCCAAAUUCUGCCAGGAGCAAGCAGACAAGGCGCAGUGGCGGGACGCGAACGGGUACCUGGAGAGGGACGGCUCCAGAG